AGCACCACGAACAGCGCCGGCAGGAUGAACGGGCUUACCAUCGGCCAGAACACCAUUCCAAUGAAGGACCACGACGCCAUCAAGCUUUUCAUCGGACAGAUUCCCAGAAACCUGGAGGAAAAAGACCUGAAACCCCUGUUUGAGGAAUUCGGGAAGAUAUACGAACUCACUGUACUGAAAGACAGGUUUACGGGAAUGCAUAAAGGAUGUGCCUUUCUAACAUACUGUGCCAGAGAGUCAGCACUGAAGGCCCAGAGCGCCCUCCAUGAACAGAAGACUCUGCCAGGGAUGAACCGGCCCAUCCAGGUGAAGCCAGCCGACAGUGAAGGACGAGGAGAAGACAGGAAGCUGUUUGUGGGGAUGCUCGGCAAGCAGCAGAGCGAGGAAGACGUCCGACGGCUGUUUGAGACCUUCGGCCAGAUCGAGGAGUGCACCGUCCUGCGAGGGCCUGAUGGGGCCAGUAAGGGCUGUGCCUUUGUCAAGUUCUCCAGCCACGCGGAAGCACAGGCCGCCAUCAACAGCUUGCAUGGCGGACAGACCAUGCCUGGGGCUUCGUCCAGCCUGGUGGUCAAGUUUGCAGACACCGAUAAAGAGCGGACCUUGCGCAGGAUGCACCAGAUGGCAGGCCAGCUCGGCAUCUUCAGCCCCAUGACCAUCCAGUUUGGGGCCUACGGCGCCUACUCUCAUGCUAUGAUGCAACAGCAAGCAGCCCUGAUGGCUGCAACACAAGGCUCCUACCUGAACCCCAUGGCAGCCAUCGCUGCCGCACAAAUGCAGCAAAUGGCAGCUUUCAAUGUCAACGGUCUGGUGGCUACCCCCAUGACACCAUCCUCAGGCACCAGCACUCCCCCAGGCAUCAGUGCCACAGCCGUGCCCAGCAUAGCCGCCCCAAUCGGGGUCAACGGAUUCAGUGCCCUGCCGCCUCAGAGCAACGGUCAGCCCACCUCUGAACCCAUCUACACCAAUGGGAUUCAUCCUUAUCCAGCACAGAGUCCAACAGUGACUGACCCUCUCCAACAGGCUUAUGCAGGCGUCCAACACUACGCAGCAGCCUACCCUGCCGCCUAUGCGCCAAUCAGCCAAGCGUUCCCCCAGCAACCAACCAUCAUUCCCCAGCAACAGAGGGAAGGGCCAGAAGGCUGCAACCUGUUUAUUUACCACCUGCCCCAGGAGUUCGGAGACGCAGAGCUCAUGCAAAUGUUCCUGCCUUUUGGCAACGUCAUCUCCGCCAAAGUCUUCGUGGACCGGGCAACCAAUCAGAGCAAAUGUUUUGGCUUUGUGAGUUUUGAUAACCCGUCCAGUGCUCAAGCCGCUAUCCAGGCCAUGAAUGGCUUUCAGAUAGGCAUGAAGAGGCUGAAGGUGCAGCUGAAGCGGCCAAAGGAUGCCAACCGACCUUACUGACCCCUCUGCCGUCCGUACCCAGGAUGAAGGGCCACAACACCUUAUUUCCACAAGUGCAGUAAAAGUACAAAGACUUCUUGCUCUGCUACAUAUCAUGAAGGAAGGGUGGUCCCUUGAUCCUGCUGGAAACUCGCUGAAAGAUUGGGUGACUGAGAGAAGGAUCCCAGAGUUGUUGUUUUUUUUUUCUUUUCUUUCUUUCUUUUUUCUUUCUUUUUUCUUUCUUCGCAAAUGCCUCUUUUUUCCCUCUUUUGCUUUGGCGUCUGUGGAAGAAGAUUUUUUGCAGAGACCAACUUUUUGCUGCUGUUUUUUAGACAUGAUGGAAAAAAAAAACCUUUAUAGACUCAUUAUGCUCAAAGCAUGCAUACUGACACAAAAUAUAGAUAAACACACACAUACACAACAGACAACAAACCAAACAUACAUAUAUAAAGAUGCUACACCUAAAAAUGAAAAAAAAAAAAAAAAAAAACUCAAACAUUCUUCUUUGUACAUGUAUAAAUACGUGCAAAUGCCAACUCAAAUACUGACACAGACACAUACGCGUGCACAUGCACACAAACCCUCUCUCCACACACUUACACACACACACAUACACACACACACCAGCCUGCUGCCAUUUUGGUUUUUGUGCCUACACAGGUGUUGUGCUCUGUGACAGGGCAAGCUCUGGAUAAAAGAAGACAGAGAAGAGAAAGGAGGAAGAGGAGAAGAAAAGAGGAGAAUCCAGGAUAAUUUACAUGCAUCAUUCCUUAGGAAAUAGGGACCAAAGGACUAAACGCUUUUUAAAAGAAUAUAAAUAUAUAAAUAUAUAAAUAUAUAUUUAAAAACUCUUACCUUGUAGCUGCAAGUAUUACAAUUUACUCGUAGUCAAAAAAAAAUCAUUAAAUCAAUAUCCAGUGGCCUACUGUAAGUAAGAAUAAAAAGAAAAUGGAAAUAAUGUAUAAAUUAAAAAAAAAAAAAAGAAUAAAAAAAAGACAAGGAAUCGUAGUAUAGGGGCUGAUCCUUUGGUCUGGUUGCUGAUUUAGCACCAGGUUGUAGAAUAGUAAACGUAGACUAGAAAAAAAAAAAAAGAAGUAGAUUUGCUAAUUUUUGCUGUUGUUUUUAAAAAAAAAAAUACUUGAAGUUGUCACUGAAAAAGGGGGACAUGGGAAAAAAAAAAAACAUUCAUCUGCCCCAGUAUGCAGUGAGUCUCUUUCUCUUGGAUGUUAAGGUAUCGGCCACUGGAUACUCCACUCAUCAUGAUGUACAAGUCACCACACUCUCUGACUGCUAUGAACAGACUGUUACGGAAGAAGAAAAAAAAAGAAAAAAUGAAUGACGUGACAAAAAGAGACUGAACCUACUAGUGUCUGUGCUGGAUAGGGUGCAGACUUGUGAGGCUUCCCACUAGCCUUGUGUUCAAGUGACAAUCCACUGUAAAGACCAAGUGAAACAGCAAAACUGACAUGGAGUGUCUUUUUUUUCCUUGAUCUUUUGUAUUACAAUAAGGAGGGUGAAUUAUGAAACUUAACUACAAACUGUUAAGGGGAGAUGAUUCUACCAAGGGAGAUGGACAAAUGGACAGUAUCAGGGUGAGAACAGAGGGUCGAGAGAAGAGAGGUGAUAGCUACUGAAACUGCCAGCAGAAUGAACUCAGUAUGAAAAUGAA